GGCGGAGAGGAGCGGCGGGUCCUUGGCGCGGGCUCGGUUUCGUUUCUCCGGGUGGCUGCGGCGCGAUGCUACAUCCCAGCCGGCUGGCCCGGCUCACGCUGCUGCCCCGCUCGCUCUCCGCCAUGGCGGCGCCUCCCGCGGGCGCCUCCGGACAGGCCGGACCGUGCUUCGCCGUGGAAGGGCCCGGCUCGGACCUGGUCUGCUUCACCCUCAGCGCCAGCGGCAGCGGCCGCCCCGAGCCCCGCUGCUUUGUGCCCGCUCCGGGCAGGUGCUAUUCCCUCUGCGUCCCCGCCGCCCCCAGCGUCCCGGCGGCCAGGCUGCACCGGCGCUUGCAGCAGAGGCUGAGGCAGGGGCCGUUCGGGAGGUGCCGGGUCCUGGGGCUCCUGUGCUACGGGGCGCAGGCUGCGCUGGAGAAGGGCUUCCUCCUCCAGGACCCGCAGGGGGGCCCGGAGACCGAGCGCGCCCUGGAGGAGCUGCUGCGGGGCCUGGGCGAGCUGCCGCCGCCGCCGCUGGGCGUGUACGAGGCGGGCGAGCGGGGCGAGCUGUGGCAGUGCCUGUGGGCCCUGCGAGGGGCGGGCGGCAGAGAGCUGCUCCGCAGAGCCCGCGUGGUGGCCGCCGAGGAGCCGCCGCUGCACCCCGCAGUGCCCGGCCUCAGCCACGCCGCCGUGUUCCACUCCCUGGAGGCCGCCCGCAGCGUGGUGGAGCAGUGCACAUCGUUCAUCCCUGAAGCCGCAGCUGUCCUUGAUCUAGUGGAUAAAUGCCCCAAGCAUUCAAAAAAGGGAGAAUUUCCUGUCAUAGUUAUUGAAGGAUUAGAUGCAACAGGCAAAACAACUGUAACCCAGUCGGUCAAGGACUCACUGAAUGCACUUCUCUUAAGGUCACCACCAGCUUGUAUCAGCCAGUGGAGGAAGACUUUUGAUGAUGAACCAACACUCAUCAGGAGGGCAUUUUAUGCUCUGGGCAACUACGUUGUUGCUUCAGAAAUAGCAAAAGCAUCCACCGAGUCACCUGUAGUUGUAGACAGGUAUUGGCACAGCACUGCUGCCUAUGCAAUUGCCACUGAAAUAAGUGGAAAAGUGCAGAAUCUUCCUCCAACUCACCAUGAGGUGUACCAGUGGCCUGAGGACCUGCUCAAACCUGAUCUUGUCCUGCUGUUGACAGUUAGUCCUGAGGAGCGGAUCCGGAGACUGCAGGGACGGGGGCUGGAGAAAACGGAGGAGGAAACCGAGCUAGAAGCUAACAGUUUGUUUCGCCAAAAAGUUGAAGAGUCAUACAAAAGGAUGGAGAACCCUGGAUGCCAAGAGGUUGAUGCCAGCCCCUCCAGAGAAGAGGUUCUGAGGACUGUUUUGCACCUAAUUAAAAAACACUGUGGUUCAUUAUAGCUGCUUUUGUGUGGCAACAUUUACAGUGAGUUGCUUUUGUGUCCUCUAUUUUUCCUCCCUGGAAAUGCACUGCACUCAGCUCUUUUCCAUCCAAAUAAGCUGUUCCAGAAUUCACAGACAGAAGAGUCUCCCCUUUCCUCUACCCAAUCUAAACUGUGUUUUUAUACUAACUCUUUCAUUGCUGCCUAAUGUACUUUUGUAUAUAGGGCAAAACACAACUCACAUGCUGUCCACCAUCUCUGGUGCAGCCACUAACAAAUCAUUAGGGACCUACCAGAUAUAUGAGACAGUAAUAGGAAUGUGCUGGCAUUUCUAACAAUGUCAUUGUAUUCCAUCACUGCAUAGAAAACCAGAUCCUGCAUUCCUUGCAUACCCAAACUCCAAGUGACUUCAGUGUGAGUUUUGGGUGUGCAAGGAAUGCAGAAUCAGGAGGAGAAUCUGAAACACAGUCUAGCAGUAAAGCCAUUAAAUGACCCAACAUUCAGAAACCUGGAAACCACAGUCCCAGUGUUGGUUACUAAAAUUGGAAUUUGGAUAUUAGAGUGACAGGCAUCCUGCAGAGGUGUGAAAUAAAUGAGGGCCUGAUUUUCCCAAGUGCUGGGUACCAAUAACUCCUGUGGAAGUCAAUGGAAGCUAUGAGUGCUCAUGCUUCAGUACCAGGCUUUGAAAAAUCAGGCCCUGAGUAAAUAAAUACAAAUAUGUCAAUACAAAAAAAGGAAAGAUCUGAAUUGCUGGUCAAACCAUUUAAAAGAGAGGUAGGUGGAAGGAGGGCAGAGUCUGCAUACUGGCACGUUAGAAACAGGGACCUGAGAGAAAUCAAUAUAUAAAACAUUUUGUAAAUAAUAAACAGAAUAUUUUUCUAAAUAGAUUUUUUCCCCCAACCUAUUUUUAAUGCAUUAAUGUUAUUUCUCAAUGUUAUUUGCUGGCCUUUUGAUGGAAUUAAUAUAAAGCAGAAAGACAUGGAGAAUCUACUUGCAACAUUCAUUUUAGUCAGUUUUUUCAGCACUUUAUCUGUACUGAGGUAUGUUUUAUGAAGAGGCAGCUGGGCACCAUCUCUACCCUGCAAAGACUUAUGCAUAAGCUCAACUUUAUACACAUGGGUACUCAUGUUGGGGCUGCUCACCAGGCAUAAAGCUGAACAUGUGUGUAAGUCUUUGCAGGAUCAGGGCCUAACUGAAAUUCAAGAUGGAAACCUAAAUUAAAUGGCAUUUUAUUUCUAAUCUUGUUUAUAUUUGUUCCUUUAUUAAAUAAACACAAUUGCUCUAUAAAUAUCUCUUGUAAAUAAAUGUUCUAAAAAUGCGUA